CAUUAAAACUCAAUUUUAAUACUUUGGGAAAAAGAAAGUCACUUAGGCGUUUUGAAAUGAUUCUUUCCACUUUCUCCCUGUACAUUGGUUGGAGAGCACUUCCUUUAUUUUUAUUUCCUGCCGUUGGGGCUCUCUGCCAGCCCCUCCGGAAAGAGCACCUUUUCUCUUUAAGAGUCAGAACUCUACUGAUAGUCGGGGGACUUUCUGGCAGAUUUAAGGUCCUUCUACCCCGCAAAAGAGCCCUUGGUUCUCUGUUGAAUAUUCAUGAGAGGGUGGGGUCACAUUUUGUGACCUGAAAAAAUCCCAUUAAUAAAUUUGGUAUCUGACACAAAAACACUUUAGGGUGAAGAGCGAUCUGCGCUGUGCCCAUUUAACAUCUGAUCAUACGUUGAUGGUCACUUCGCGCUUGUCUCUUUUACAGCCAGAGUAAAGAGGGAAUUGUCUGUUCCCCGCUGACCCUGUUGAAAUUCAGGCAUUUGCUUGAUUGGAAAUAUUACCAAUAUUCUUUCUGGUCUGUAGUAACCUGCAUUUAAUACACUUCACAUCAAAAUGUACUUUCAAGUAAAACUCCUGGGAUUACUGGGUCAGAUUUUGUUGCCUUUUUUGAAGGCAAAUAGGUAUUCAUUGAUGUCACACUAUUCCUUUUCCUCUAAUAUUUUGAGAAAAAGAAUAAAAAUGUGUGUGGGGAUUUUGUGUGUGUGUCUUUAAAAAAUAUACAGGCCAGGAAGUUUUUCUCCAAGUUUGAAGGUGGUAAAUAGGUGAUUUUUUAGAGUCGCCGAAAUGGGCUAGAUUAACCUGACGCUUAAGUCGUGUCAGUUGAGCCAACAAAGUUUAGCACAUUGUUGACUUUUUAAAAAAACACCAUACUCAGCGUUCAGUAGCCUGAAAGAGCAGUGACUAUUUCUAAUAGAGAAGGUCAUCCUAAAGUGCUUAUUGAGAGUAGCUUUUGUUGUUGCUAUUGUUGUAUAAAUAAGAAAGGAAUUUAAAGAAUUAUUUCUUAGCAAACGUGUGGCAGAUGCUUUCUUCGGCAGCUGUCGUUCUAGAGGGGAAGUCGCCUGGUUCAGCGACGAGGCACGUUUGGUUGUUAUUUAUUUCCACCCCGCGUCGGCUUAGUUUUCCUCGGUGCGCACUGGCACACUUUGGCGAGACCGACUCUGGGAAAGAAAGGGGUGUGGGGAGGCCAAGGCUCUGGUGAAACCCCCGACGUGAAGCGAAAGUUCUCCUCCCAGGGCGGUUUUCGAGGAAAAGCGCUUUUCUGCGCUGCCUGGGAGACCUGCGUACCCUCCCGAAGCCGAACAGUUGCUCGGAGCAGUCUGCUUGGCGCCGCGAGCGCCGGGUGCCCCUCUUCGGCCUCCCGGGUUUCUCGGAAAGGUUCCCGUGUCAGUGGCUAUGAUGACACCUCAAGUUAUCACUCCCCAGCAAAUGCAGCAGAUCCUCCAGCAACAAGUGCUGAGCCCUCAGCAGCUCCAGGUUCUCCUCCAGCAGCAGCAGGCCCUCAUGCUUCAACAGCAGCAGCUUCAAGAGUUUUAUAAAAAACAACAGGAACAGUUGCAGCUUCAACUUUUACAACAACAACAUGCUGGAAAACAGCCUAAAGAGCAACAGCAGGUGGCUACCCAGCAGUUGGCUUUUCAGCAGCAGCUUUUACAGAUGCAGCAGUUACAGCAGCAGCACCUCCUGUCUUUGCAGCGCCAAGGCCUUCUGACAAUUCAGCCCGGGCAGCCUGCCCUUCCCCUUCAACCUCUUGCUCAAGGCAUGAUUCCAACAGAACUGCAGCAGCUCUGGAAAGAAGUGACAAGUGCUCAUACUGCAGAAGAAACCACAGGCAACAAUCACAGCAGUCUGGAUCUGACCACGACAUGUGUCUCCUCCUCUGCACCUUCCAAGACCUCCUUAAUAAUGAACCCACAUGCCUCUACCAAUGGACAGCUCUCAGUCCACACUCCCAAAAGGGAAAGUUUGUCCCAUGAGGAGCACCCCCAUAGCCAUCCUCUCUAUGGACAUGGUGUAUGCAAGUGGCCAGGCUGUGAAGCAGUGUGCGAAGAUUUCCAAUCAUUUCUAAAACAUCUCAACAGUGAGCAUGCGCUGGACGAUAGAAGUACAGCCCAAUGUAGAGUACAAAUGCAGGUUGUACAGCAGUUAGAGCUACAGCUUGCAAAAGACAAAGAGCGCCUGCAAGCCAUGAUGACCCACCUGCAUGUGAAGUCUACAGAACCCAAAGCCGCCCCUCAGCCCUUGAAUCUGGUAUCAAGUGUCACUCUCUCCAAGUCCGCAUCGGAGGCUUCUCCGCAGAGCUUACCUCAUACUCCAACGACCCCAACCGCCCCCCUGACUCCCGUCACCCAAGGCCCCUCUGUCAUCACCACCACCAGCAUGCACACGGUGGGACCCAUCCGCAGGCGGUACUCAGACAAAUACAACGUGCCCAUUUCGUCAGCAGAUAUUGCGCAGAACCAAGAAUUUUAUAAGAACGCAGAAGUUAGACCACCAUUUACAUAUGCAUCUUUAAUUAGGCAGGCCAUUCUCGAAUCUCCAGAAAAGCAGCUAACACUAAAUGAGAUCUAUAACUGGUUCACACGAAUGUUUGCUUACUUCCGACGCAACGCGGCCACGUGGAAGGGUGCCAUUCGCACCAACCUCUCACUGCAUAAGUGCUUUAUCAGAGUAGAGGAUGAGUUUGGGUCCUUUUGGACAGUUGAUGAUGAAGAGUUUAAACGUGGCCGCCAUAUUCAACGAGGCCGUCCUCGCAAAUACUGCCCCGAUGAAAACUUUGACGAGCUUGUCGCACAUAACCCUUCCCUUAUUAAAAACAUGCAGAGCAGCCACGCCUACUGCACACCUCUCAAUGCAGCUUUACAGGCUUCAAUGGCUGAGAAUAGUAUACCUCUAUACACUACCGCUUCCAUGGGAAAUCCCACUCUGGGCAACUUAGCCAGCGCAAUACGGGAAGAGCUGAACGGGGCAAUGGAGCAUACCAACAGCAACGAGAGUGACAGCAGUCCAGGCAGAUCUCCUAUGCAAGCCGUGCAUCCUGUACACGUCAAAGAAGAGCCCCUCGAUCCAGAGGAAGCUGAAGGGCCCCUGUCCUUAGUGACAACAGCCAACCACAGUCCAGAUUUUGACCAUGACAGAGAUUACGAAGAUGAACCAGUAAACGAGGACAUGGAGUGACUAUCGGGGCGGGCCAACCCCGAGAAUGAAGAUUGGAAAAAGGAAAAAAAAAAAAAAACACGUCAAAAGUUAGCAGUGAAAUUGUUCUCCAUUUGUUGUACAGUCUGGAGGAUUUUCACUACGUUUUGACAACUCUGAAAUGUGUUAACUCUUAGUGCCAUCAAGAACCCCAUUUGGGAGUAUUUUUGAUUUUUCUACUUUUUGUUGAAAAAAGGAAUUUGUACUCUGUGCAUUGGAUGGACUUGUUUGGUACUUGGGAUUUUCCUCUCUUAACCGUCAACAUCAGUGUUGUAAAUUUGCUAAACUGAUUCACUUUUAGCAGCAGACUUUGAACUGCAGUCCUGCCAACGUUGGACACUGAGGACGCCCGACGGAGCUUGUGCACCUAAGCUGCAGACCAAGCCUUUGCCCAGAAUUUAAGGAUUCCAAUGGACGACCUAUUUGCACAGUACUGCAUGUUGAUUAUCACUGCCUUUACUCCUUUUUUUUUUUUUUUUUUUUUUUUGCUUCCAGUUGGGAUGGGGAAGGCCUUUGUGUGUGUAUUGGGGGGAGGGGUUAAAAAAUAAUUAUCCCAAACUUUUUAAUGUAUUGCUUUUUUUUUUUUUUUUUUUCCUUCUACUAUACCAUUUUAAGUUCUGACCUCAGGCCUCCAUUUGGGCCGAUGGCCUCUUGGAGGCUUAAAGUUUUCUGUACCUUGUGAUGAAUGUUAAUAGGUGUUUUUAUUAUACAAAGCUGAAUGUCAUUUCUCAUUUGUAGCUUUCUGUCACUCAUUCCAUCUUCCUUCAGACAUCACCACGUUUCUCUAAAGUCAGAAAACAUUCCGUUUUGGUCUUUUUCAAAAAGGUCCCAAAUGCUGCACUCUACACAUGAAGGCCCUCUCACACAGACGUGACGUCCUGCCAGAGAGAGAAUGAAUGACAGAAAAAAAAAAAAAAAGAGAGAGACAAACUCUAGGAACAAUGCCGAUUCAUUCCACGCAGCAGUAUUGGGGGUGGUUCGGGGGAGGGUUGUUUCGGAUUUUUUUUUUUUUUUUUUUUUUUUUUGCAGCAACCAUCAUUAAUAAAUGCCGCCACAUUCUGCCAGCACAAGGAAACAUAGGCAGCACUGAAAAAAAAAAGCUCAUACUAAUUAGACUGACAAUAUGGCCUUGGAAGGCUCUCCCUUGUGGAACCAAGUUGCCAUGGGCCUUGGGUGCUCUGCGAUAACGGGUGUGGGUUGGUUUUGUUUGCAAAAUGGCCAAAAAAAAAAAACCGGUUUCCCUGAGCAGCUGCCCUGAAAGUAGGGGUGGCGGCGGCGGCGCUGAGUUUAUACAUUAGUUCAGACCUACUUGGUGGCAUUAAACUGUUUGAAUGCAAAUUCGAUUUCAGAUUGAACUUGUUAAGGGAGUUAAUGAGGGCUGAGUUCAGCAAAUGCUAAAGUGUUAAUUUCAAAUAUGCAAAUUUGGUACUGCAGUUUGUUAUGCAAUAUUAUAUCACCAACCCAGUGUCACAAAAACUCAUAGAAGAUAUCAUGUAGGCCCUGGGCUUUGGGGGGGUCCCAAACAUGGUAUGCAGAAUGUGAUGGUUACAGGUCAGUACAACCUCAGUCCUUAGAACCCCUCCACACUUCAGCUCUGCACCCACUUUCCUGUCAUUUAUUUAUAUAGGACUGUAGUUUUUUUUAGUUCGAGAGCCUUUCGAAGCUUAAUUUAUAUUCUUUGUACCUUUUUUUCUAAAAUUACCAAAGAUAUUACACAAAGGUAAAUUAUGUUCUCUGUUUUAUGCUUUAUCUGAUGAAGCCAAAUAUCCUCUUAUUGUUGAUCAAAGGAGGCAAAAGAAUUUAGAGGCAAAUGACAAGCGAUAGGCUAUUGCAACCUGAGAAAGAGAACUGCUCCUUCAUCGUAAAUUUAGAAGACCAAGUAGGUAAUGGAACCAAAGUUGUUACUUUUUUCUAGUAGUUAUUUUUCCUUUUUCUUUUUGUGUACCUCUACAGAGACCAAAACUCAUUCUCUUAAAGAGAUUUUAUGGGGCUACUGCAGAUAAAAAUAGGACACAAUAUUAAAGGAGCUACAGAAGGAAGGGAGUCCCAUCUCAAAAAAAAAAUGAAUGUAUGCCACUGCGAUUAGAGUAUCCAAUAAAGGAGACAGUUUAGAGUCAGGACAGAAAAGCUUCCAUAAUUGAACUAGAUCACAUAAUAGUAUUUCUAGAAAAAGAGAUAUUUUUAGAUUGUAUGCCACUUUUGUUUAAGAACUGUGCUGUGAUCACUGUAUUAAUUUUGGUUUAUCUUGGCAUAUAUCCUUCAGUUUGUUUUUAAUUUUUCCUUUUUUUCCGAUUAGGCUUUGGUCAGCAUUUUUCAUUUAAAGAAAAGUAACACUCCCAUCCACUCAUAAGCUUGGUACAAAAACUUCUCUGGCAGUUACUUUUGAAGCUUCACUCUGCUUUCUGUAUAAAGGGCAGUCUGUGGUCACGCAAGACUUUAAAAAAAAAAAAAAAAAAAAAAAAAAAACUUUUCCAGGCAGCUUCAUGAUGUGCAGGCAGUAGCCAGACAGGGUCAUGGGAAGGGGGCCCUGUGCUUCUAAACUGAGUGGUUGCUGGUUAGUUUGGUAUUCAAAAGAGGAUAAAAAUCUGGUAGAUUAGUUCAUUCUCAGCAUGUGUAGCUAGACAUGAGUAAAGAUAACAGCAUGAGAAACUGUUAGUACGCAUACCUCAGUUCAAACCUUUAGGGAAUGAUUAAAAUUAAAAAAAAAAAACAUUUCACUCAGUUGCACUUAGUCGUAUGUCUUGCAUGCUUAGUCUAAAGACUGUAGCAAAAAAAAAAAAGAAAAAUUAGAUUUUACAUAUCUUUGCAGGUAUCACAGCCUUGCAGAAGAACCAACUGAAAAAAAAAUUCUCAGGCUUUACAGCAAGCAAACUUCACUAUGAUUUUUACAAUUCUGAUUCUGUAUCCCCUGGGGGUUAUCCCAGUUGCUUCUUUAGGAUGGGGUUUAUUACGUUGUACAUAUAUCCCGAUGUGUCUGUGUGAAUCUUUGUCUUUUUUGGGGGAGGGCAGAGGGCGGUUCUUUUUUUAGAUAUUGUUCCUAAAAAGGAAUAAAUGCAUACACCUGUUUGUCAAAACACCUUUGCUUUUUGUGCAACUGCUUUAUAUUAACGAUACUUAAAAAAAAUAGCUUUGAAAAAAAACUACUGUAUGUAACGGAAUUGCAGAAUAUGCUGCACAUGUAUUUUAUUUAGUUAUCCUUGCUUUAAGAAUAUUGGAUGACAUUUCCUGACAUGUGGGAGGGAGAAACUCCCUAACUUUUUUUUUCUGCUUUUAAAUUGUAACAUAGUUGAAGAUUUCUUUUUUCUGUUCUCAUUGAUUGGAGCAUUUUGUACAGGUUUUGUGUGUGUGUGUGCGCGUGUGCGUGUGUGUUACUCUGUUUUUUUGAUACAUUCCUAUCCCUUGUGUUUAUCCUACCACUGCCUUCCUGGCUAUCUUAAACAAGUUCAUACAUUUUAAAAGAAAAAAAAAAUGUUGUUUAAAAAAUGUUUUCUCCUGCUGCAGUAAAUAUUUUGCAUGAUGAAAUUCCAGGGUCACACUUUUCCAAGUUUAUCAGUGAAGUAGUGAUUAACAAUGGGGAGUGUCAAAACUAUUGAACUUUUGUAUAAAAAAAAAAAAACUUUACAAGGUGCCAAGAUGUAAAGAAAAUCUGUUACUUUUUUUUCUCAAAGAAAAGCAUACAUUAGGGAGGUAGUCCCGUGUGUCAGACAAAUGCACUGUCAGGAAUGAGGAUCCAACCUACCUGUCCCUAGAGUCUGUCUUGUAAGAUGAGUUAGGCUGCCACCUUGGACCAGCCACAAAAUGGAAUAUCAAGGCUUAUGUACAUACAUGAAGAGUUACCGCCAGUCCUGCCACCUUUGGACAGCUCUAACACCAUCCCCAGCAUCCCGUCAGACCUAGUAAAGAAAACCUUGGAUUCUUAACCCAAGAUAUGCUGUAAAUCACUAGCUUUUUUUUCCUCAUGGAAAAAAACAGAGUUAAAAAAUAUUUCCUCUCUUUUCCACAUUCCAGCUGAGCUCCGUUUCCAAAGGCACAAAGAAGAGUGUGCUUAUUCAGAUUUUGAAUCUUUUUGGUACCUUUUGGUUAAUGACAUAGCCUCCUGAAAUUCUGGAUGUCUUCAAAGUCAGUUUUGCUUCUUUAUCCUGAGAAUCAGAUUUACAAUGCUGAAGGCAUUUCUUGGGCCCAGUGUAGCUCAUGCAAUCUCUGCUACCCAUAAGCCUUGAUGAAGAUGAUACAGUCCGGACUGUGAGCAUGGUGCUUCAUGUAUAUGUGCUGCCAGUAACAAGAAUUUUUUUGUUUUGUUUUGUUUUGAUAAGGCAUAAAAGAAACUCAUUCCUUGACAUCAACUGUAAUUCCAUCAUUCCAUGUCUGCGGAUACAGACAAUAAAAAAAAUGUUGUGUAGUCAGUACUAAUUACUGACAUUAUAAGCAUUCUCAAAUGCAAUAAAAAUGCUGGUUGUUCACACUGGUA